AUGGAGCACAGGCAGAGUGCCGAACCGCAAGAAAGAUCACAACCGAAGAUUUUGGUUGAAAUGAAUGAUUUUGAUUCAUCAACAGCUACCGAUGGACAAAGAUUAUCACACAAUUGUUAUUUUGAAUUAAUUAGUAGAGCAGUUGGAUAUGGAGAGAUAUUAACAAAAAUGAGUACAGAUUCAGAAGAGGUUGAACUCAUGCUGGAACGCACAGUGUUACAAGAAAACAGCGAAAAAAUUACCGAAGAAAGAAGCGUUAGAUUUGUCUAUGAAGAUUAUUUCAAUCCAGUAUUACUUGAAGUCGCUAAGCAUAAUUUAUCAUUUGAAAAUCUCAAAAAUGUUUGCCAUAAAUAUGAUAAAUCUAACACAUGA